AUGAUUAGAUCAGGGUCAGUUAGAUUACUCCGUGAGACGUCUGCUGCUGGUAGAUGUUACACUUCGCGGAGGUCCAAAUCUACUUUCGAAACAGCCAUGGAUGCUGUGACCAGGCUGGUAACACCAGCUAGCUGGCUUAAUCGCAGCCCCACGUUUCUGGUUUCAGACGAAAUGAAGACACUGUCGAAGAAUAUAGCACGCCUUAUAGGAUCAGGGCAUCCGGUGCUGAAUCGCGUGACGAGUUAUUACUUUGACAGCGGUGGAAAGAAGGUGAGACCGAUGCUGGUCUUGCUGUUAUCACGGGCUCUAUCAGAGAUACCCUUGGACCAGAGGGACCGCAUGCGCAUAGAUUACACCGAUGUGCCAGAAGAUCCAGUGUACUCACAAGUCCCCAAGUCAAUUUUGUUUGAGCAUCCAGUUAACAAUAUUUCUCCGCUGCACAUCCUCCACGGGAUCAAGCCACUGAACCCGCUGACUAAGGGCCCGGAGCCGCUUCCGCAGGAGUUUGAUCGCGAGCGUGGGAUUCUUCCAAAGCAGCGGCGCUUGGCUGAGAUUGUAGAGAUGAUACAUACAGCGUCCUUGCUUCACGAUGAUGUAAUCGACCAUUCUGGAACCAGACGCGGAAAGCCAAGCGGAAAUGUUGCGUUCACGAACAAAAUGGCGGUGCUUGCUGGUGAUUUCCUCCUUGGUAGGGCUACGGUGUCUAUCUCCCGUUUGCGGAACCCCGAGGUUGUCGAACUGGUCUCCAACUGUAUUGCCAAUCUUGUUGAAGGUGAGUUCAUGCAACUAAAAAAUACUGUUGUAGACGGAGACUUAGAGACAAUUAACAAUGGGACACAGCAGAUCCCGCCGGCCUCCAAAACCAUACCUCUACCUGUUCAUGAUUACCGAGUUAACACCACUCUCGCCUCUGGGAUUUCUCAUGAAGUUAUGAUUGAAACGGCCUUUGAUUAUUACCUGCAUAAAACCUACCUGAAGACAGCGGCAUUGAUUUCAAAAUCAUGCCGCGCUGCUGCAGUACUCUCCGGUGCCAGAGACCCUAUUUUAGACGAAUGCUAUCACUUUGGGAAAAACCUGGGUAUCUGUUUCCAGCUGGUUGAUGAUAUGCUCGAUUUCACCACAUCUGGUGAAUUGGGCAAGCCUGUAGGGGCCGAUUUUGAACUCGGGAUCGCUACUGCUCCAGUUCUAUUCGCGUGGAAGGAAGAUCCAUCCCUAGGGCCUAUCAUACAGCGCAACUUCUCACAACCUGGUGACGUCGCCAGGGCACUGGAAGCUGUACACCAACACGAUGGCAUCAAAAAGACCGCAGAAGUUGCUCGCGAGUAUCGUGACAAAGCGCUUCAUAAUCUACGCGCAGCCCUUCCCGAGAGUGAUUCGCGUGCAGCCCUUGAAUUUUUGACCAACAGUAUUUUAACGAGACGGAAGUGA